AUGAUCAAACUAAGAGCUUUUACAAAGAAGCUAUCACAUAAUUUCGACGGUUCGUCUUCGAAUCAAAAACGAUCUGUAUCAGAUUACGACCGGAAACCCGCCGAUGUGAAAACAAGUCGCUCGCUUCUGCGCAGAAGAGCGAUUUCGUCAACCAAGAAUAUUGAAACUUCGCUUCCUCCACUACCAAAGCAGCAAUACACUGUUGACAGCAAAAAGCGGUCACAAGAAGGCUUGCAAAAUGGCACUACACAACGGCCUUUCUCUCAGGAAUCGCAUAUCAGCAGCGAUGGUAAAUACUACAUUUAUGACCCAGUGUCAUUCGAGCAAGGUCCCCAGGGCAAAAACAGCAAAACCAGCAAAACCGUUGACCCAGAUUUCCACAUUCUGAAGCUUUCUGACGGUAUCAACCCAACAUCGGCUCGCGAAGUCUUGUCUGCUUUGAUCAAGCAAUUCAAAAAGACCCUCAUUCAACAAAAUGCAGGCGAUAUCGAAAAGGAUAACAGUAGCAUUAGGGCCGCUAUGGAAAUUUUCAAACCCAACCUUUCGCACUAUGUGCCGCACGAAAUCAAAGAAACUGAAGCGAUCAUCGAAUCUUUGUUUCCCCGGCCCGGUUGCUCACUCACAGGCGACGCACUAGACUCAGCAAUUAAAACAAAACUAGCUUCCUCUAAAAGCAAGCUCAUAUUGUCUCUCCGCAUCAUAUGGUCGCGAUUGACGCGCGGAAUCGUGCCCUGGGAGUCUUAUUUGAAGUUUUGCACAGUUGAAUCCAAGCAAAACUUUUCCAAAAUGUGCUUCAAGAAUUUCAUGCCCCAAAUUCUUCCUGACGCCGACUACAAGCGCUGUGCUUUCGAAUUCAUCGAUCUGUUGUUCGCAAUCAUCUCAAAGGUUGAUCUUGUGGUGGACAAGGUCGCUCAAGUGGAUUUGAUUUUCACAGCUGCUCAGGUGUGCUUCGUGAGAACUCCCGAGCUUCUCAAUUAUAUUCGGAUCAAGUCUACCGAUACCGACGACUGUAUUGUCCUUGCAAAACUUUACCGAGCCCGAGGCGAAGCUCUGUAUCGAUUAUUCGUGUCGUACCUCAAUUCGCUAGCGGAAGAGGGAGAGAUCAAAGACUUUUAUCUCAUUGACAACUUCCGCAUAAAUGAAUAUCCUCCAAAACCCUACAAGCCUUUAACGCAGCGUGCAUUGACCCUGACAAUCCCACAGCUUUGGGAUCCUGAAACAAAUAAUUUCAACGAACUAAUACGAGUUUCAGCCAAAGCACAAACGCGGAUUUAUUCACCCCAUCACGCAUUUUCAAAACUAGAGAACUCAUUCUUGGAUAAUUACGAGGACAAUCCUUACAAAGUCGUUAACAACCUUUUCUCUAGGUCCUCAAAGCGCUACCUGGACAAGUUUGAUCCCUCUUUUGACGUCGAAUUCUUCAAAGGCCUGUCUAAAAGAAAUGGUGGCAACUCUACUUUGGGUCCUGCUGAUCAGCUUCCAGUGGCUACAUGGAUCAACUCAUGCAAGGAGCGCGGCUUUAAUGAUUUCCUUUCAGUACUUGACGAUAAUAAUCACGGCGAGGGAACUUUAGCUCUCGGUCUCACGUUUCCUAAAUCUACACACGAAGAAUCAGAGAGCUUACCACCGCUUAAAGUUUCUAAAGCAGAAAUUUCAGAAAGUUUCAUUUCGUCCUGGAAGUACGAAACUUUCCUAGGCAUGGUACACAAUACUUUAGUCAUCAAACUGACCAAAAGAGUUGGUGACUGUGAGUGGCUCAUAAUUGCAAUGGAUGAGAGGACGGAGAAAAGGGGCUAUACAUCGCCCAUGAAACCACGAGAGCAUGACAGCACACACGGAACACCUUCGGCCGGCUCGAAAGGUAAAAGAUACCACGCUGCAACUCUCAGUGAUGCUUCGAGCAAACCCCGGCCUCCACCUCCUAGCUUGCUUGGGGAACCUUCAUCCUCUCCCUUGAUCAAUUCGAACAGCGGCUGUUUUUCUGAUCAAUCGGGCUCUGCUUUCAGUUCAAGACCACCAUCUGAUAUAGGGAGCGCUUUCGCGAAGGCCCAUAUGAAAGCGAAUUCUGUUCACUCGAAGAAACCUAGCGAUUUUGUAAUAUCAGACUCCCCUUUACAACAGUCAUCGCCCAAAGUGCCACCUAAGGCAUCAGAAUUCAUGGCGAAAUCAGGUUCCAAUAACUCUUCGAAAGCUCAAGAUGAGUCAAGGCCCAACGAGAAGAAAAGUGAACAUUGUAGUAGCAACGACGCCAAGCCAACAAAGCAGAAUCCAAGUCCACUGAGCGAACAAGCUACGCCGGAAACGCAGCCUGCUGGUUCUACACCUCUGGAAAAACUAGCUGAUACAUUCCAGAAUGAUAAAGCAGAGAUUACAAAAGAACAACCGAGUUCUCUCCAAAGUACUAAGCAGCCCGAUGAAAUGAGCACCGAAGGACAGAAUGACCCAGAUUUAUCCAAAAAGACCGCUGAAUCUAACGAAGCCGAUAACACUGGUUCUGACCAAAACCCGAAGGUGCUUUCAUCUCCUUUUGCUGCUCCUGCAGGUUCCCAAAAUCUCAAAGACACAGUAACCACCCCAAUCAGUCGAUUCUCUCCAGAUCGCGCGCCGAAUUUGCCCAAAAGGGUGCAGAAUCCUUCGAUUGGAUCACCGGACAGCGUGACGAUGAUUCCACAUUCCGCUGACACAAGCGUCGACUUGACAGAAACCACGGAUGUAGACGAAGAUGGAAAUGUUGUGCAUAAGCAAUCGUCGUGUUAUGGUAACGUAUUAGAUUCUUCCUCAAACAAUGAUUUGAGUAAGCUGCGUCAACAGGAAGAUGGCACAGUAGAUCUUCUGAACGACUUUUUGGAGAAUUACAACACAUUAAGUGCGGAGCCACUCAAUUAUGAGGAUGGGCCCACGGUCUUCGAACAAGUCAAAGGGUUUUACGAAAAGGGCUUGAACGAAGCCGGUCGUGCUCAACCAGAAAUUGAACGACAGGAAAUAGUGCACCAAGAACAAGAAGCUGAUCAUAACGGUGAAGAUGGUGCUACUAGUCCAGUCAAUCAAUUUUCAAAAAUGGGAUCCAUCAACUCCAAAAAUGGAACCUGGUUUAGUUGCAAUGUGACUCCUCCAAAUAAGCUUGACAAAAACAGAAACUUCAAGAACUUGAAGCUCGGGAGCAGAACCGGGACUCAGUCGCACGCUAGCAAUAAGCUCGAAGCGAAUGGGAAGCACUUGGAUGUCAGUGUAGUAAACCACGGUGAUCAGGAUCAAAACUCUGAAGAAGACCACGAUAUGUUUUACAGCGGCGCAAGCGAUCUCAGCGAUAUUGCAGAUCAAGAUGGCGUAUGGCUAGAGGCCAACAGCAAACCAUCUUCACCUGUAGAUAUUGCCAGUCCGACUCACAUGAUGUUUAGAAAUGUUAUGCUAAGAACGAAACGGAGUUUGCGCAGCUUGAAGACAACUAAUCAGCAGCAAUGA